CUUCCCUCGAACACAAAUUACCGAGGAGUUGGGCAUUAACGAGGCCAGCGGCGUGCGAUGGAGAGUAGGUUUGGAGGAAUCCGAAGCAAAGGAUAGGUCUUCACGGAUGCGAGCAUGAGCGGGCUUUCGAACGUCUUCUCCGCCCUCAAUUUGGACGCAGAAGACGAUAAGGAGCAGAUUGCCAGUCUGACUACUGCGUCCGGUAUUGAUGGAUGCUCUAAGCGAAUAUCCGGUAAGAAAGGAGAAGGGGAUAAACAAAACUAUGAAUUAACAGUGAAAAGGGCUCAUUCUGAAAGUGAUAAAUCUCACAAUAAUAUCCAUCCAUCAUUGUCAUCAUCAUUAUCAGGAAGCUAUAAACAACCUUUGGUAUGGAUUGACUUGGAAAUGACAGGUCUGGAGAUUGAAGUCGAUAGAAUAUUGGAAAUAGCUUGUAUUAUAACUGAUGGUAAAUUGAACAAAUCCGUGGAGGGUCCUGAUUUAGUGAUCAAGCAGAGCAAGGAAUGCUUGGAUAGAAUGGGAGAAUGGUGUCGAGAACAUCAUGCUGCUAGUGGUUUGACUGAAAGAGUUUUGCAAAGCACCAUAACCGAGGAAGAUGCAGAAGAACAGGUACUAAACUUUGUGAAGAAUUAUGUUGGAUCCGAAACCCCUCUUUUAGCUGGAAAUUCCGUCUAUGUGGACUACAUGUUUCUGAAGGUCAACAAAAAUAUGAACCUCAGUUUUCUACUUCAUGGUUAUAGUGUGAUAGAAGUACAUGCCAUGCUUAGCUGGCAUCUUCCCUCAUGUGCUUGUAGAUGUGAGCAGUAUUACUGCAUUGUGUGUACGCUGGUUUCCUAAAG